AAAUGAGAAACUACAGAUCAGCAAUCACUAACAUGUGCAACAGUUUUGAGGCUGGACUUUCUGAGUUCAUUAGAUCUGUAGGAAACAAUCAAGGCAAGGAAAGUACAAGGACAAAUGUUGCACAUGAAACAGGGCAGCCAAAAAACAAGCCGAAAUGGAGGAGAGCAGCACAUUUUCCACAGUCUGUUGAUGAGAGAGUAGUCCAUGAGAAAGAUGAAGAAGAAAUUAGUGCAGCGGUCAAACCAGAUAAGAAUGAUGCAGCAGCGGUCAAACCAGAUAAGAAUGAUGCACCAGAUCAUCUACCUGAGACAAAAUCAAAGAAAAGAAAACUUGCACACAAAGGAAUGGGUGGAGCCAGAGAUAACGAGAAGUCCAUCAAGGACACAAGCAUGCCCAACAAUGAAGUGAAGUUUGACGAGGAUGGCGCUAACGAAGAUGUUGUAGACAAGUCAUUAGAGGAAGAGGAUGAACAAGAUGUGACUAUGGAUUCACAUGUCAGUGAUUUGACUGCCAAUGCUGAAUCUAGCACAGUAAACACAGAAGCAAUUCCUGAACCUGUAGUACUACCUCCUUCAUCCACAGAUGGUGUUGCAGUUACACAGAGUGAUGCACCAGGUUUUGUAUGCGCCACAGCUGAUGUUUUGAAGCAUCUACAACUAUAUGGGUCUGGUUCACAAUCUAGUGCAGAAGCAACUCCAGUGGAUCAAGCUAAUGGAGGAAGCAAGAGUUCAAUCAAAGUGCCUGAUGGGGCUGCAUCAGUACCCACCAUGGUUUCAGGAAAAUCAAAAAAGAAAGUUACAUUUGCAGACAAAGGGAAAAAAAUGUACAGGGGAAUUCUGCUGAUUCAUCUCCUACUGCUAGGAGACCAGUUACAAGAUCCAUGUCCCCACUGAAGUCAAAUAUUGCUGUAGAUUUGGAGAUGAAAAAUUCUCCCAGCCCUAGAAGAGUCACGAGGUCUUCUACUCCUGAAAAUGUGACAAGGCAGAAAGUUGUAGCUUCGAGGGGAAGGCCGUCAUCAUCUAUUGGUCGACAUAAUGGAGUUAACUCUGUUGAUCUUGCAUGUAGCAUCGACCUGAACACGAAUUUGGUUCUAGAUGGUCAUGAAACGCCUCAAAAUACACCUGCUGCUACAACAGUUGUUACAUCUGACACAGUUCCUUCUGCUGAAACUAUUCCAAACCAUGGCAAUGUGAUCUUGCAAGAAGCCACACCAGUGAAUGUCAGAAGUAAUCCUGCUGCUGGGUCAGCAGAGAUGGUCAUUAGCAUUGACAUUAACAGGAAACUUGACCUUGAAUUCGGUACUGCAAAAGUUGUAACACAAACUGAACAACAGAGGAAGUUUAAAGAGCUCAAGGAAGAUUGUCCUUCUUUCGAUCUUGGCUUCGAUCUGAAGGAGGCUGGGAAAAAGGUUGAUGAAGGUGCUACAAUUGAAGAACCAGUAAUCAUUUCAAGCAACGAUAGUGGUGACUCUCUGGACAAAAUAUAUGCGACCAUCGAUAUGCCCAUUACGCCAUCGACAGUACAAGUAAAGGAGUUGCAGAAGGUAGUGUUGUCGCCGAGGAACCCAAAUAGUGUAACACCAGUACCUCAAGCUAGGAGAGUUGUAAAACUGGGGCCUAAACAGAAAUCGCCAUAUGAGAAUUUCUGCAAAAAACCUACUGUCACUAGGUCAGAUGCUGAGUUGUACAUCAAAGUGUGCUCAUAUGGUGGCAGAACCAAGCACCUGUUGAACAAAGAAAAAAUUAUUGACUAUGGUACCUUCUUCAUCUAUCUCCGCGACUUGGCAGAUUCAAUCAAGCCAGAUGGUUGGAUAAGCAACUCAACCUUCGAGAUAGGUUUACUUAGUAUGUCUGAGGAGAUGGCCAAGCAGAAAAAAUUUCUGAUGCCACUAAGGCUUGCUACCAAACUAAGGGAACCAUCAUGCCACUUAGAUAAGGAGGUGCAGAAAGCAUUUGAAUGCACGCCUACAUACCGGCUAGACCACAAAGAUAUGAUAUUGUUCUCUGUCCUCCAAAAUCUCACUCAUAAUCUCAAAAUUAUGAGUGGACACUAUUACUUAAUCGUGCUAAAUUUGAAGGCUGGGAGGUUCGAAGUAAUGGAUUCAAUGAGGAAGGAGGGAGACAAGUUACUUAUGCAAGAUGCUAGAAAUAUCAUUGGAAGCAUCAAGCACUUCUGGCAAGCUAACUAUAGCGCCUCAAAGAUUGACAUCUCCAAAUACAUGACUGUUCUAAAACCAACUCCAAUGCAGAAGACAACUUACGAUUGCGGCUACUUCGUCUUGAAGUUCAUCGAAUCUUGGGAUGGAAGGAGGUUACUGCCAUUCUCACCCUACGACAUGCCCGCACUAAGGAAGCUUUACCUCAAGAGAUGGAUGGCUACUGAAAGAAACCUCAUCAACUCGGGAUGA